AAGAAAAUAAAGGAUAAAUUCUGCUGACUUUUUGUAUUUUUGCAACCUUAUAUGUUCAUAAAUACAUGUUCUGUUUUAUAUUCUCGAAAAAGCGAUCUCAUCCUCAUAAAAUAUGCAAAGACAGGCGAUCAUAGCUACUGAACAUGUCGAAAAAUCCCGCAUUACAUAUCUUUUGUUAGACUUUAAAAAACAUUCCCAGUUUCAGAUGGAGCUUUUCACCUAAACCAAAAGUUUUAAUUGCAUUUUUAAUUGCAUUUCAAUAAUUGCAUUUUUCAUUUAUGCUUUGCCGUUUUAGAUUCGUGGCAAUAAAGCAAGACGAAAUUUACAACUAUUGCAUGAAUUAAAAUCACAUACAAGUAUGAAAAUAUAUGGUAGGAAUCGUUUCGUUUUAGGUCACGAUCUCCAUUUUUCAAUCCAUCGUUCAAAAAAACUUCACUAUCAAAUACCAAAUGAUAAUGAUUGGUUUUAUAUUCAUGGUAAAUGUUCAUUUACAAUUAAAGCUGUUGUAGUUGAUGAUGUUUCUGAUAGUGAUAAGACUGAUGAAAAGUGA